AUGUUGGUGGUGCGAGCGUCCAACCAGGCAUUCCAUGAAGACCCGUCCACGGAUGCGGUGGAGCAUCCUCAGGAUCCAGAAAGUGCAGGAUUUCAGUGGGUGAAGCUGCUAAUCGUGUUGCACAAGGAGCUUCAGUUGGAGCCUAUGCCAUUCCAUCAGGGCCCCUUGGGAGCGAUGCAAUUGGCCAUCCUUGACCAAAGCGCAAUCUGUGUGGGUCUCGGCUUGGAGAUCUUCGGUUGUGCGCGACGUGCCCUCAUCCUAAAGCGAUGCAUGGCAGAGACCUCGGAGGCGGAGGGCAGGCAUGAGGGCCGCUAUCACAUGACAUGGGUCAUUCCCAGCCGGAGGGCGCGUGGCGCUCUGACAGCGACUUCCAUCGAACGCCGCAACGCCCCCGUUUCCACGCGGCUGCUGCACUCCGAGAUCUGGUCUCCGAGUGUGGCAGCCCCUCUAUGCUCUCAAGGCCGUGGUGGUGCAUGGGAUGUCCGUUGGACUGGUCGGUCUGUCUUCCAGCUGCGGCCUCAUGACCCAUCCUCUUUGGGGUGCAGCAUCCGGUCUCUGAUUGUGUCAGUCCUGUUCUGUUUAUGGUACAUUAGUGAGGAGGCUGGCAGCCGAGGUAGAAGCCGGAACCGGGGCAGCAAAGCAGAUAAGAACCGUGGCAGGAUUGCGCGUUCAAUUGCACCGGUGUGUAGUUGGGGUGCUAGGUUUGGCACGGCAUGUCCGGCGAAUCCGAAUCUGAGGGAUGCAAGUGUUCAGGAAGCUGGGGCAGUGAGCUCACAUGAUUUCCCGAACGCUUUAGAACAUCAGGCUCAGUCCAGGCCCCAAGCAAGAGUACUGGAGGAGGCCGGGUUGCCUGUGUUACGGUGUGAUGACCUUGUCACCGGUAGGUUGAGUAAAGGCGCUGGGGCCCUUGUUUCGGCGAAGGCUAAGCCGAAUUCGGUAUCGGUCUGUGAAGAGUUACGUAAGGUUGAAGCACAUGCUCUUAGGAGACUGUAG